AUGUUAAUAAACGUAUUGCGUAGGCCAAAGCAAAGAGCGCUCAAAAAGUUGGAAGAGCUGCAUUUCGUUGCAGAAAACUGUCGACGAUCAAUUACUGGAGAAGAACCUCUUGUGGAUAAACACAAAGAAUUUUGGAUGAAAUGUGGCAUUUACUUUCCACCACUUUACCCAAGUCCAAAACCAACUCCUCGAAAUGCUUAUGAACGAAUGUUCAUUCAUGGCACCAGAUUAGGAGUACAUGUGAGCAUCGUUGUGCAAUUAAUAUUGGGUCUUAUGAUUCCAUUUCCGUCCAUUCGAGGCAUCAUUCUGAUUGCCACAACCAAGUUAACCACUAGUCAGCUUCGUUCUAUCAUUCUCAUGUUUAUGAUAGUGUGGGCAUUUCAAAUACCAGCAACUAACACAACUCGUAAUUUGCAAAUGCUCGCAGAAUCUGUUGCUUGCGUGAGUAAUUCGGCGAUUCAAAUUGGCAACAAAGUUGUCACUGAAAUUAAUAUGCAGACUAAUAAGCUUUCGUUGUCAGAAUUAAAAGAACAAGGUCGUUUUUUCGCAAAACAUCUCAAAAAUUUUCGAGAUAUCAUGCGCAGAUUGCAAAAUAUUGUCGUUAAGUUUGGUAAGCAGACAAAGGAUUAUUUAAUGCAGCUGCUCACAGUUAAGGAGCAUUGCCAACGAUUCUUCAUUGGCCCCUAUUACUUUGUGCGUAUUUAUUAUUGUCUUCGAAUUUUUGAUGACAGUGCUCAAUAUUGUGAUCGGCUUUCUCUGUAUCGCAGAUUACCAGUUUGUAAAUUCGUAAAGGAUAUGAGAGUGGUCAUUUGUGAUGCGGCACGAUUUGGUGAGUUGGUUUGUGAUAUCCCAGAGAAGAUAAAGGAAAGUCUGAAGUCUGGCUUUCUAACAUUCACGAAGGAUAAAAUGAAAGCCGCCAUGAACGUUGUUAUGAACGAUUACAAUAUCAGUUUCUUUGCAGCAUUAGUGUAUGUUAUGAAAUAUAAGCAGAAGGAAAAAGCGGAUAACGUCUACAUAACGGAAGAGUUUCGAAAUGUUGAUAUGGUGCGGGAGGCACAAGGACAGCCGUCUUUACUUCCACUAUUACUCAAAGAACGAGAAACGUAUAUUGAAGGAUUCACGCUGCAUAUGACAUCAAAGGAGAAAAUGAGAAUGCUGUUUGCAUUUGCGAUCACAUUAAUUGGCGGUUUCACGCCUGUUUUUUUAAUAUUGUUGGAUAUAUUCACCUAUCAAAUUCUUUAUUUCACUUAUUCAUCCGUGCAAUCUAACAGAACUCGCACAGAUCGACUUGAUUUCUAUAACCUCAAAGCUGCUGGAGAAGGCUUUGUGGCGAAACUCCUGCAAAGAAUUCUUCACAUAUUUUAUCCAAUAACAGGAAGUCAAUAUAGUGAUGAUGAUUGGAGACAAUGUUUUGCUGAGCCGAGUCCACCCGAUUUUCAGCUGACUCGGCUAAUGAUGCUCUUGUAUUUAAUUGCUUUUUUACUGUGCAUUUUGCAGGUGUACGUAGUAAGAUGUCGACAUUUGAUUGCGCAGUAUUAUUGGCCGGAAAGAACAAAACCACGCACUUUAUGGUUGUAUAAUCAACUUCUUGAAGGUCGCAAAAAUAUCCUGACACAACUGGUAAAAGCUGCCAAGGAAAAGGAACUCAAAGAUCAGUUGGUUGAAGAUGAAAUUAGCGGACGAGGAAAUCUUGUAAAUCGUGGCUUGACGGUAUUGAAUGUUGAUCAGUACAAAUGUACAAGAUGUUUUCGAUCAGAUCUCAGUAUCGCCGAUGCAAGCAACUCAAGAAUAUGUCCUAAUUGCAACAAUUUAUAUUGCACUGACUGUUAUGCUGUGAAGAAUAAAUGCUUAGAAUGUGGCGCAAGCUUACAGGCAGUAUUGAACGAAACUGAAUUUUAUAUAGAUAGCAGUUGCGAAGAGGAUGAAUCUUAA